AUGGAGCCAGGGGUUAAAGAAAUUAGAAUUCAUGCUCAAAUGUCAUGUGAAGGAUGCUCAAACUCAAUCACAAGGAUUCUUAAUAAAGUGGAAGGGGUUAGAAGUGUACAAUGCUCAGUGCCGAACCAGACUGUUGUUGUAGUAGCUGACCAAGCUGUGCAACCUAAUUUGCUGAUAGAAAAGCUCUCAACUUGGGCAAGUGCAUCAGGAAAGCAAAUCAGCUUGAUAGCUUAG